AUGAAUACAGCAAAGACAGAGCACACCGUUGUUCAUCGCAGCCUCGCGGCCCAGCCAAACCGAACAGACCGCGCCAAGGAAGAAACGUGGCGCAACACGCGCAAACUCGGAUCUCUACUCGGCGACGCCGAAGAUGUCUCCCGUCGGAAAACUCUUCCGACCGCAGCGCUCCACCGGAUGUGGAAACUCUGGUUGCGACCGACAAAUACCAAGGAAGCUACUCGUACCCGCCUCUACAACUGCUUCGUCCUGCCAAUCUUGCUCUACAACUGCGGCACAUGGGCCCUAACACGCGCCGACCUGCUCAGUCUUGAAGCUUUUCACCGUCAACAACUGCCCACACGCACAGACACCGAGCUUCUUCGAUACCAUAUCCUUCGGGCUCGAUGGAGACUGUUCGGUCACAUUUUACGACGACCACCGACGAUUCCAGCAUACAGAUAUAUUCUGAACUACUUCGGCCCUAGCACCAGUGGUGGAUGGAAAGGCAGGCGGAGACUGACGCUCCCCAUGGUCCUCGACGCUGACCUACAGACGCUUUCCUUUGGUCACCGCCUCCAACGAGCCGCUGACCUCUUCCUAUUUCGCCUCUGCGCGCAAGACCGAUCCGGCUGGAGACAUCUCACUGGCAGACUCCUCGACUGCACGCCUACCGACUGA